CCGCACGCCUUGAUGAUUCGCAUACGCCCGACUACGUCGCAUCCUCUCUGGCGAGUGAGUGCAACCUUCUCUCAACGGGGCCAGACGCGCUUUGCUAGCAUUAAACAUGGCGGCAAGGGCGGGCGCCCAAGAGGCGCGGUCACCUACUGGAGCGAAGAGAAGUUGGCAACAGAGGAGAAAUAUCCAUUGAGCUUCGACAUGAAGGACAAGAUACAUCCUUCACUUGAACCCAAAGUCAAGAGAAAAAGAAACGUAAACGCAGGUUCCUCGGCCAUGGCGGGGGGCGUUCAUGUUCGAGCACAGAUUGUAAGUCCUGAUCUGUGUGACGACGUGCUCAAAUACGUCGGCCAUACCUUAGACAAGCACAAAGGGUGCGACAUCCUUGACCUCUAUCCCGGCAAUGGGCUCUGGUCGCAGAAACUUCACGAGUACCUCCAACCACGAAGCCAUGUGUUGGUUGAACCCAACUUCGAAAAAUUUCAGGAUUAUCUCAACCCUCUGCUCAAAGCGCCCGGCUCCAAGUACUCGCUUGUAGAGAAGGACGUGUCCAAUCUCCAAGUAAUCAGAGACUUGGUCGCAGAUGGUCUCUUCCCGCACCAGACUAUACUAGAUCCACGAGACCCAAAGGCCCAGGAGCCAAACAAUUCGAUGUUGGUGACGGGCUGUUUGGUCUGGGAUCCUCCUCUGCUGGGUAUGGGCCUGGACUCAAUGGCUAGACAAAUUUACUAUCUUCUUUGCUCCACCGCUCGGAGCAACGACACGAUCCAUGCCUAUGGUCUAGCCCGCACUCUGCUAUGGAUGCAACACGAUGAUUUUGGUCCUUCAGUGGCUGACUCUAUCACUACGCUGUCUAGAAACCCACGAUUCAUGGAGAUGACGCAGAAAAGCCAUCUGAUUGUGAAUGGGGAGCGGGUCGCACGAAAAAUGGGCAAAGCGUCUUCAGGACGCGAGCCCCAAUAUGAAAUUGAGGGCACCGUUCGCGCCUUGCAAAGAGGUAGAGCCCAAGGCAUGGAGCUGCCUUCGCAUCGGCGCGACUACAUCCAUGAUUUUGCUGAUGAUAUUGAGCGCAUUACCAAUGGCACAGGCAUAACCAAGAGCGCCGACAUGCAUCUUUACCUCCACGAACAAUAUGCAGCCGGCAAGCCUGCUAUUGGUUUGCUUAGCGAGGGUCUCCUUGAGCGCUAUGAAAACGAACAAAUUAUCCUAGACCAAUAUCCCGAUAUCGAAAUCCCUCCAGGAAUAUCAGUCUCGGAUGUCAAGGGGGUCAAACGUUCCGUUCCAGCAGACCACCCAGGCAAGGAUAUUCUUCAUGAUUACAUGAGAAACACUGCGAAUGUGUACCACACCCAAAGAAUAAAGAUGCAGAUUGAGGCGAUAGCCGACAUUGGCGAGGCCAUGUAUAAUCUCGAAUGCAAGAUCCUCGGCAUGAAAGAUGGGCCCAAGAAAAAUGCUGCAUUGGCAAGGUUGGAGGAAUUGAACACCAGUUGGGAAAAGGGCAACGAGAAAUUGCCUGGGAAUUACUUUCGUGCACCGGCAUCCGAGCUCGACGACCGUCUGGCUAUACGCGCGCCCCCUAGCCCACGUCUUCAAUGGGAUGCGCGGCCAUUUGAGCCCCUCACCAUGCACACGAACGAAGCCUGGCCAAGGAAUCGUCUCUCUCUCAUCUCCACGGAGCCCAUCCCCCAGCCUGCUGGUCCAUUCCCCGAUUACUUUGAGUGGCUGCAAGACUUUAUAACUGGGCUAUUUGCCGCGCCCGUAGACAACAUAGUCGAGGCUCUCGACAAGAUGCAACACGGACUCAGCGACAUCAUCGAGGAGUGUCCGAGCCUGAAGGAUCCAAAAAAGGGUGGCAGAUUGCAGAUGAAGCACUUGAGAGUGAGGAUGCUGACACCGGAAAUGAUCAGUGAACUGUUGGAGGCAUACAAGAGUUGGCCGUUCAAGGCGCCAGGAAGCGAUCACAGCAAGUUCUUUAGGCAUAAGAGUUCAUCUGCGUUGUUCACUUCGAGACAGACCGGUUGAUGAGGCAGACUGAAUGAUUGUGAGUGUCGGUGUGAGUUUGGAAUAUCUUUAUUCUACCGAAUAAGAAU